AUGCAGUUGGCAUUGAUGGCGGCUUGUCUGGUACCAAUCGUCUGGGGACAGAGCGGAUCAACCAGCAGCAACAGUCCAGUCACGACAACAGCCGAAUGGACCACGUCGACGACGCCAACUGAUGCCAACACGACAAGCGCCGAGAGCACUGUCUCGACGCACGCUAGCAGUUCUACGAUGGUCAGCUCAACGGUAGAGGCAAGCACAAGCUGGACAACAACGCUGAACGCGACGGCAACGUUGCCAACGUCGGCAACGACGAUAGCCACGACAGGCCUUGCGAACACAACUCCCGGCGGACCGAUCACUCAGGGCUCCUUUGCUGUGGCCUUUGACGCCAACAAUCCCUGUGUGCCCUGCGAGCUGCUGUGCGUCAACUUGUCACCCUGA